AUGCAUGCUUCAUUCACUGCCUUUGUGGCCACACUUCUCAUCGCCACUGCGGUGGCGGCUCCGGUUGUCAAAGACGAUAUCGAGCCAUUCGCAGGUAUCAAACGGGACGACGACAUCGAGCCAUUUGCUGGUAUAAAGCGAGAGGAGGAGGUUGAGCCUUUCGCAGGCAUCAAGCGUGACGACGAUAUUGAACCAUUCGCGGGAAUUAAGCGAGAGGACAUUGAGCCCUUCGCUGGGAUCUAG